AUGCGUUCCUUGCUUGGCUCUAGCAUCUUGUUGCUUCUGUCAGUAUGCUGUCAAGCACAAGAGUUCUGGGGACACACAUUACCACCAAACUGGACUGCAGAAGAGCACUGGCCAACAGGGGAAGUCAACUGUACCUCUGGAACCUACAAACUCCAAGAAGGGCAGAAACAGACAUAUGUAGUUGGAGUUCACGCCCCAGCUGGCAUUCAGACUGCCUGGAGGGAAUUCAACUUGACCUUUGAGGUCUAUCUGAACGAAGUCGUAGGGAAACGAUGGGAUCCGCCGAUUGAAUUCAAAAUGGCCGUCACCGACGAUCCACUUACCGACUGGAUUGAUAAACGAGAGGAAGUGGAUUUCAUGUAUUCUGACACGGGGAUCUACUCGUGCGUUGCGACAGAGGUUGGGGCAAAGCCACUAGGAACAACGGUAGCUCGAUUGUCGGCCAGAGGGAAGGAACAUGAGUUAGAUGAAUUUGCAGGAACUAUGACGGUACUGGCAAGUAAUCAUGAGAUUGAGACGAUUGCUGAUCUCAAAGGCAAGAUCAUCGGAGCUCAAGCCUUUUCGGAUUUUGCUGGUGCCCAAGCCCAGUUCUACUCUAUGGUUCGAAACAAUGUCGAUUUCAAAACGGAUCCGAAACAGGUCAUCUUUACUGAAAACAAUGAGGAUACGAUCCUCGGCGUGCUAGAUGGUCGUUGGGAUGUUGGAUUUGUUCGGACCGGACAAGUGGAACGGACCAUUGAUCCCAGCACGGGUAAAAUAAUUGAUCCUGCACUGCUGAAGGUGAUCUCGCCGCAUAUCCAUGUCAUGGACAACGGUGACCUGUUUCCAUUCCUCCACUCGACACCUGCAUUUCCCGAGUGGCCGUUCUCUGCAAAGAAAACCGUCAAUGCAGACGUGUCGGAGGAAGUGAUGUUGGCCAUACUCAGUUUCCGGAAACACUACCAAGUUGGAAAGAGUAUUGAUACUUGCCGAAAGGCUGCCGGUAACGACCGCGAGAGAGACUUAUGUGAAACCCAGCCUCCGGUAUAUUUUGAUCCUAGGGCGAGAUGUGACACUACUCGAGACUUGGCGGAGCUCGCACUGAAGGCAGGCACAGCCGGAUUUCAUGCUGGAUUUCGUUCAGCCAAGUCGCAUUUUUCUGUUCGGACGAUGCAGCAAGACGCUGGCUUCAUUGUUGGAGAUGACAAUGGCGAUUGGCGUUGCGAACGAGCUGAUACACUUUACGAUGGCAUUUUCUGUCCUGGAGGACACUACAAGGUGCCAGAGAGCGAUUUUGACAAACAAUGUGACCUGAUUGGGUCGCCGUGUCCGGAAGGCUAUAACUGUUACUGCGGACCCUGCAUCAAGGCCUUUGAAGUGAGUUUGUAUCAAUUGACUGAUCAUAACACAAACAGUACCAAUCGUGACUCUGGAUGCGCAAAAAUGUCACUUUGUGGGGCAGGUGCCGAACAAGGAGAUGAGCUCGUCUUUCGAGCCUACGACAACAGGCAACGAGCCAAUGCUACAGUACUAGCAUUACUUCAUAUUGGCGAAGACCUCAUCGAGUUGAACGGACUGUUGGUAGAACCAUUCUUGUACGAGUUCCGUUUUUCAUACAACCAAGUUGGGAUAGUGAUCUUGGAAGUAUUUUUCGACGAAGUUCAAAUACCAGAGUCGCCAGUCCGAGUCCAAAUCGUAUCUCGCAACUGCGAAGCCGAUUUCCCAGGGAAAGGAAUGGCACCGAAUGCAAUUGGCGAUUGUCAAUGUUCUGACGAUACCUAUGACCUUGGAAGUCGUUGCUUGCCCAACGGCACUAUGGCUAUUAUUAUAUCAUCAGUUAGUCUUGUCGUUGCAUUCGUUUUGGGGUCUCUUCUGCUAAAUCAUAGGCGAAAGAAGAAUGAUGAAGUGUGGCAUGUCAAUGACGAAGACCUGGAGUUUGGCAAUCCCGUGGAAGUGAUCGGUCAGGGCGCCUUCGGAGUGGUCCUGCUGGCGCAUUACCGAGGAACCAAGGUAGCAAUCAAAAGAGUCAUUCCGAGCAGUGAUCGAAGAAACAGGAUGUCAGGAUCCGUUGUUAGUUUUGGAUCCGGUUCCGGGAAACGAUAUGGGGCUUCAGGUGGAAAUUUGGGAGAUCUUGAAAGUGGAAAUCGUUCUGGGUCUAUAGAUGUGACCGCAGUAGUUGAUGAUGACUCGGCAUCUUCUGCUUCGGAUGGCCUCCGAGUCCUGGACGACUUGACUCGAGCAGAGCAGAAAUCGGCCUUGCAACGAUUCCUCCCAUUCAGGGACAGGAGUAGCACCAACGCUUCGUCUCGGCAUACUUUAAGAAUCCUCGGCAUGUUUUCACAAGCAGAAGGUUCAGUCUCCGCAAAACGAUCGAUGUUCGAACUCUUUUGUCCAGCAUGUGACGAGGCACGUCACCGUCGGUCUGAAUUCGUUACGGAGAUGAGAAUGUUGUCUAGGCUUCGGCAUCCUUGUAUCACAACAGUCAUGGGUGCAGUUAUGACUGGGAGAGAACCAACCAUGGUAAUGGAAUAUAUGGAGAAUGGUUCGUUGUACGACCUUUUGCGAAACGAAACAGUGUACACGGGAGGUGAUAUCAUCAUUCAGAUUGUGCGAGAUGUCGCCCAAGGUUUGCGCUUUCUCCAUGCAUCGAAGCCUCCCAUUCUUCACCGUGACCUGAAAGCAAAAAAUAUCCUCAUCGAUUCCAGGUUCCGAGCCAAGGUCGCCGAUUUCGGUCUUGCAGCCAAGACGAAGAACCAGAGAGGAUUAUCGGGGACACCUUUUUGGAUGGCGCCCGAAUACUUACUGCAAAAGGUUGCCUACAAUCCUGCUUGUGACAUCUAUUCAUUCGGUAUGAUUUUGUAUGAGAUCUACAGCCGCAAGUCUCCAUACGAUGGCGAGAAUCCGCGCAAGAUUUUGCGAAAAGUGUGUGAUCCAAGAGUCAAUCAUCGCCCAGCGAUACCAGCAACCUGUCCAGACAAGAUGCGAGAGAUCAUGAAGAAGUGCUGGAACGGAAAGUCUGCGAUUCGGCCAGCAGCCGAAGACCUGGAUAUGCUUUUUGCAGAUAUGUCUAGCAACGAUGUGGAACCUCUGAUCGAAGAGGGCAAUACGCGUAUAAGAACAGAGGUUGCGUCUGGCGACAUGUUGUACAAGGUAUUUCCAAGGAAGGUGGCCGACCAGAUCAAGGUUGGCAAAAAGGUGGAGCCUGAGAGCCAUGAGAUGGUCACGGUAUUCUUCAGCGACAUUGUUGGGUUCACAGACAUUUCCAGGCAGUUGUCGCCUGUGAAAGUAUGCAGCAUGUUGGAUCGAUUGUACAUUGCAUUUGAUGCUCUAGCCAACAAGCAUGAGGUCUUCAAGGUUGAAACAAUUGGUGAUGCAUGGGUCGGGGUUACAAACUUGGAAGGGAAUCAAGAUGAUUCCCAUGUGAGGCGAAUUGCAGACUUUGCAGUUGAUGCCGUAAUAGCGGCUGGUGAAGUCUGGAUCGACGAGGAUGAGCCAGGUCUUGGUUGUGUGCACAUCCGUGUAGGCUUUCAUUCUGGUAAUGUAGUCAGUAAUGUGAUCGGAUCACUGAAUCCAAGGUAUGGACUCUUUGGAGACACAAUGAAUACCGCAUCAAGAAUGGAAAGUAAUUCGGCAAGUGACCGAAUCCAUUGUUCGAACGUCUCAGCGAAACUUCUCAGGGAACAAGCACCCGAAUUUCCAAUCAGGAGAAGAGGCAAAAUUGCAGUGAAGGGUAAAGGUAGCAUGACUACCUACUGGAUUGGAGGUCAAACUCUUGACGAAUCCAAACGCUCGGACGGCUUUGACAGGUCCCAACGCUCAUCGGAGCCCGCUGUCACUUUCAAGAAGGAAGGAGCCGAAGCGAGAAGCUCCCUAGUGGGGCAAGUAUCGUCGCCGACCCCAUCCAAGAGUGGUAAGAGACGAAUAAAAAAGGGCAGACGUCCAUCAUCCUCGUCGAUUAGCAUGGACGGCACGGUAAGGCGGAAGAUAAGGAGCCUUAUUCCUGGAACUCCGACGAGCAGAGAGAGAAAGCGUAAAGAAAGUUUCACUGAGAAGAAAAAUCUCCAAUUCUCUUCAGGAGGUUUCUCUUCAAUUGCUUCCUCCAUAGAUGAGGCAGACGAGGAGCUUUACCAACAAACGUAUGAGGAGCUGAAACAGCCAGAGAAAUCUUCGGAAAUGUUCCCAGCACCAACGGACGACUUUGAGCCGCUUAAAAAUAAUUCAUAG